AGCUGUUAAUUGUGUAAGUUUUAUCUAUAGUAGGUAUUAUUAAUGAUUGCUUGGUAAAAUGGAACAGAAUGGUUGCGUUGUUACAGUUCGAUUGAUACGAUCCUUCGAACAUCGUAACAUUCGAAAUAUUGUAUAUCAUCAGGUUGAUACGUCUAUGACUUGCAAAAGCUUUAUUGAUUUUGUGCUCAAAGACAUAGCAUUGCGAACGGAUAUACCUCCACCGUUUCGAAAGUUCGAAUAUAAUAAGAUGAAAAUCGAACACCAGCCCUUUGGAAUGAAAUCAAACGAUCCAGUUAUUAAUCGAGAUAAUGACGAAAAAUUAAUUCUUCAAGACGAAAAGUCGCUUGCGGAUAUGGGAGUUAUCAAUGAAACUGUUUUAUCUUUUUUUCGUUUUGAUGACUAUAAAAAGUAUUCUUCCAAUCCACAGUUGGUAUGGUGACUAGAUUACUUCCAUACUACAAUAAAAUAUUUUAAGGCGCAACUGUUAUGGCGUGUUUGUAUAUGUAUAUAAUAUUUUAUCUGUAUUUAUUUAUGCAAUAUAUAUUUUUUCAUUUAAUCAAAUAAUUUUGUUUUAUUAUUGUAAAAUUUUAAAAACAUUUUCUUCGGAUAUGUUGUGUAUUUGUAAUUAUCAAUAUAUGUUAAAGAAUGUUAUUUUUUAAUAUUUC